GAAGUUCUUUCCAUAAUGGGUCAUCGGUCAAAUUUAAACAAACUAUGCUACUGUUGUCGCCUGGCUGACGGGGCAGAUUAAAAAAAAAAGAAGGUCGACCCAUCUAAUACAUUCUCUAAAAUCUUAAGAAAAGAAGAUAAGUGUGCAUUUAUAUUUAGAACAAUAAGUUAGACUUUGGCAGGUACUUUUGGCGCAUUGUUUCCUCUGCAAGGUACUACUGAUUAUGACUUACCUAUAAAAAUUGUUGACAAUUACCUUAGUUUUUUCUUUUCGUAGGUAAGCCAAUCAAAUUUUAGACUGACACUAAUCUAUCCACAAUAUUUAAAAUUCAAUCAAGAAUUUUGUUUAUAAAUAAUAUAUUACUUUUAUAUAAUUGUAUGCUAUACAUUAAACAAGCGAUUUCCUCUCAGAUAGGCCUAAAAUUUAGACAAAUAUUAAAUUGGAAACGUAAUUUUUGGUAACUCCAGAGACAUUUUUGGUAACGCCAGAGAUGUGAAAAGUGGUCGGUCUAACAGUUGAUUCGCCCAGGUAUUCUGUAACGACUUUUCAUAAACCAAGUCGUUCACAAAUCUUGUGUUUAUUUGAGUACGGAACACUAAUUGCACGUGUCUCUGCUUAACCUUGACCAAAAAUUAUGUUAAAUCAGAAUCACGUUUAUGUUGCAUAACGAGUGCUUUUAAAAAGAUAUCAUGAACAUCAGAGAAUAAAUUACAACAUUCGUUUAGUAUGUUCAUAGUCACAUUUGGGAACAGUUGGUAAACAAUGACUACGGCGUAUCUUCUGCUAGGCUUGGCCACUGUGGCCUACUGUUUUUAUCUUUAUUUUACAAGAACUUUUAACUAUUGGCGCAGUCGAUACGUCGCGGGUCCUACGCCUGUUCCAAUAUUCGGGAAUUUGAAGGAAUCUACAUUGCGUCGUGAAAAUAUCGCGAUUGUUUUCAAAAACAUUUACGAAGCCUAUCCUAAUGAAAAAGUGGUCGGAGUAUAUAGAAUGACAACCCCAGAUUUACUGAUUCGAGACCCGGAUAUUGUGAAACAAGUGAUGAUCAAGGAUUUUGAUAUUUUUCCUGAUCGUGGAAUAGAAUAUGACAAAGAUGGACUGGGUGCUAAUCUAUUUCAUGCCAACGGGAACACCUGGAGGAUUUUAAGGAAUAAAUUAACGCCCAUUUUUACUUCAGGUAAAUUAAAAAAUAUGCUUCACUUGAUUAUCGAUAGAAGUGACAAUUUUAUAAAGUACAUGGAAAAUCUAACUGAAACACAAACUGAACAAGAAGUCUUCCAACUUGCGCAAAAGUUUACGAUUACAGCCAUAUCGGCUUGCGCCUUCGGCCUGGAUAUAGACAUAAUGAAGCAAGACAAUGUGAUGGAGAAGUUGGUGAAAUUCGAUAAGAGAAUAUUUACUACUAAUUAUGCAGCAGAAUUAGAUAUGAUGUAUCCUGGAAUAGUGAGCAAACUAGGAAGUUCUUUAUUCCCUACCGAUGUAAGAGAAUUUUUCCAUAGUCUAGUCAAACAAGUAGUUUCUGUAAGAAACGGAGAAGCAACAAAUAGACAGGAUUUUAUGGAUUUAAUUUUGGAAUUAAGGCAAGCAAAGCAAGUGGAAGAGGUUCCGAUUACGGAAAAAGAAGAAAAAAAAUCUAUUGAAAUAACAGAAGGGUUGAUGGCUGCCCAGGCUUUUGUAUUCUAUGCGGCAGGCUACGAAACUAGUGCAACUACUUUGGGGUUUAUGUUUAUGCAACUUGCAUUAAAUCCCGCGGUUCAGGAAAAAGUAGCCAUUGAAAUUAAAGAAGUGCUGAAGCGGCAUUAUGAUAAAAUAACUUAUGAGGCGUUGCAAGAAAUGACUUACUUAGAAAGAGUUUUUGAUGAGACCCUUCGUCUGUUCCCUGUAGUGGACCCCCUUUUCAGAAAAGUGGGUGCGGAUUACAAGAUUCCUGGCACCGACGUGGAAUUGAAGAAGGGUCAAACUAUUCUUGUUUCUGCCAGUGGAAUACAUCACGAUGAAAAAUAUUGGCCUAAUCCAUCAAAAUUUGAUCCUGAUAGGUUUACUCCCGAAAAGUCAGCUAGUAGACAUUCGGCCGUGUAUUUGCCUUUCGGGAUCGGCCGCAGACAAUGCAUAGGAAUGCGGUUUGCGAAGGUGCAGAGCCGCGUGUGCGCGGUGCGGCUGCUGCAGCGCUUCCGGCUGGAGCCCACGAAGGACACGCCCAGGGAAAUCCGGUAUAACCCUAACCGCAUACUGCUGACCAUACUUGGAGGGUGCAAAAUGAAUAUAUUGCCUAGAGAGUAGGAUAACUUAAAAAUCGUAGUAAUUAGAUAACAUUGGAGAGAGCUACGAAUUUGAUUACAAGUACCUAGAUUUUUCUUUUUGUUCUGAAUGCUAAUAGGAACUUACAUUCCGAUAGUAAAAUGAUGUUAAUUUGUUAUCUUUCACGAGUGUAUUGCGCUCGUACUUAUUUGUAUUGUGCAAGUAAAUGACAUAGUAAUGUAAAAUCGAAUUGGCCUCCAGAUAAUUAUUUGAAUAUAUAAAUAAAAAUUGACUGACUGAUUUUGGUUUAAUUUUAAUUGUAAAAUGAAUUACCUAUGUUCUUAUUUUCAUUAAAAAUAAGCCCACAGUAAGCUCAAUAUUGAAGGCGUGUGUUAUGGGUACUUGGACAACGAUAUAUAAUAUAUAAAAAUUUAAAUACAUAGAAAACACCUGUAAUUAUAACACUAUUCAAUGUCGGUUGGGAAUAAAAUAUUACAAUGUUUUUACUUCUCCCAACCGUGAAAUUUAAGCAAGUUCAUCGAUGAAUUGAAUGAUCAAUAAGUUCAAUGUAUCUCGCUUACUCGUAUUUCUCAGUGAGCAGCUAGCAUGAUACAUUGAACUUCAUUCUUUGAACUUUUUUCAUAACUCGAUUGCUGUGAAGGAUCUUACAUGCACGAAAUCUACAUAUUUGGGUUGGCCUUCGUCUCUAAGAACUGGUGAGAUAUUUUAAUUAUAAACUAAUUAACACAAGAGUAAAGACACGAAAACCAGGUUUUUGGCCUAAUACUAGAUUCCUACCGGAUUUCCUAAGUUGAGGGAGAUGAGCACAUUAUCCUUAUCUUAUGUAACAAAGAAAACCGGCCAGGUGCGUGUCGGAUCACGCGUAUAGAAUAGAAUAGAAUUUUUCAUUCGUAAACACACAAACAGUCAAUAGGCAUACAUAAAAUGUGUUCGUAAAACAUGCAUAUGGAGUGUUCUCUACCUUUAUACGAUAAUACAGUAACUUUAUACAUUAGCGUUUGCGUCAAAUCCGGUAGUUCAGAUUUUUUGCAGACUUGUUUAUGAAGCUCAAAUAAAAAAAACCGAAAUUUUCGUGUUUUUUUUUCGUUUUUGACCAAGUUGCGACGCUCGAGGUCACAAACUUGGAUUAUUCAUUGAGCCAACAUCAGAAACAAUUAUUUUAAUAAUUAUUAUUUGUUUUUAAUUUAUUGUGUACACUUAACAGAAAUCGUACAAUAUCAUGAAACAUACAAUUGCAUAUCAUGGCUUGGAAUCUAGCACGAGGUCCAAAACAAGUGUACACAGCAUGCUUUA